UGGGGGAGGAGAAAUGAAAAAAGGAUAGCUUUAACACCUCUGCCUGUUUCCUUUGACUUCAUUUCUAUCUGUUGCUUUGUAUGUUGCUACAUGCUUUUUUCAGCUAAGUUACUGAUGGACCGCAUUUUUCUGCUGGUGUUCAUGCCUGCUCUCAUCACUGCUGAUGCAGUUACUCUAAAUACGGUUUCAUCUAAUUCGUCUGCUUGUUCUAAUACUAACUGUACUUGCAAUUCUACAACUAUGUCAACAAGAAUCAGCCCUGUGCCCAAGAUUAUAUAUGUGACCCUACCGCCUAUAAUGGGCAGGUUAAAGGUGAAAUGGGAAAAGAAAAAGCCGUGUCAGGGCAGCAUACAGUUCUCCAUAAAUUUUACACAAACAAGUAAGCUGUGUUCUGAAAAAAUUAUCACUCCAACAUUGGGUAAAGAGUUAUGUGAGGAAAGAAGAUGUGGAGAGUUCCUUGGGUUCAAGCACAAUGCUGAGAAAGGGUACAUGAUCCAUGAAAACCUAACUACGGUCAAUGAGGCUCUGUGUAACAUAACAGUCCUUACUUGCAAAGAGGAGAGCACCAAAGAACUGACUGUCUACAAAGUAAUAACAGGACUGUUACUGACACUGAUUGCUGUCGUCCUUCUCUGUCGAUUUGCACAGCCAGCGUACAUAGCUGUCCACAAUAGAUUUUCACAGAAGCAGCAGAAUCGCUGGAUUGGACCAACACAGAGUCAGAGUGUGUCAUAUCAUAGAGGACAGGGCAGUCAGCCCAAUAAUAAUAAAAUGAAGAGGCAGUCUUAUCCAGGCUUGGAUAGACUUACAGUAUAUCCCAGCAGAGAGCCUUCAUCGAACAGGAACAGCGACUAUGACUCAUAUGGUUUUUAAGCCCCUCUCGUACAGUGUAGGAGUUUGUGAGAAUACGUCUUUUGAAGGCUCGGAUGUUACUCGAAGAUCAACUUGGUACUCAUAACCACCAGUCUGAUAUUACAUUUUGUCAAAUUUCAAAAUAAUGUAUAGUUUAUAAUGUUAGCCAGAAAUUUUUCCAGCAGUACUGAUUUUUUUAUAAUCACUAUUCAUAAAUUCAUAAAUUUGCUACUAAUUUAUUUGUUUUCACAUAUUUGAUUUGCUAUAGUAGAUACAUUUAUAAUGUUUCUGAUCAACUAAACCCACAUGGCAUACUAAAGAUUAUUGUUUAUUUAUUGGUUUGCUUUUUUGACCAGAGAUUGAUUCAUAUCCCUCAUAAACUUAUUCUUUAUCUGAUUUUUCAUACUCUGAUCUGUUAAUAGUCAAUUAUAUUGUCCAUUACUGUUGUAUAGUUUAGAUUGUAUUUUUCUAUUCUAAUUUUAUUUGAAUUCCUGCAUACUGUUACAGAGAUUUAAUAUGAAAUGUGAUACAGUUUUAUUGUGCUUUAAAAGUGUUUAAAAUAUUAAUAAUUCUUUUCUUUAUGGCUCCUGCGACUAAUAUUAUUUAGUGCAUUAGUUAACAUAAACAAACCACAGACACCAGCAUUAUAAAUCAUAAGUACUGUUAACCAAGUAGUUAACAUGAGUAAUGAUUGAUUUUUGUUACAAUGUAAAUGAGAUAGACCUGCGUUGACUGUUAAGACACAAGAUAAAAGAAAAAUAAGUCCACAUAAAUAAGUAAAAAUUCAAUCACAGCAUGAUGCUAUAUAUUGAUGACAUAUUUCUUUCUGAACUCUGGUCUCUAGGUAUAAAUAUUCCAGCCUCAGUUCCCAAUAUUCCCAGUUCUCUAACAUGAAUAUAUUUAUUCGUUUUACUUCCUGAUGGUAUGAAUGUUGAUUUAUUCAGAUGAUGAAUAUUUGGCUUAUUUAAUAUUUGGCUUAUUAAAUAUUAGUUAUUUUAGUAACUAAUACUGGUUACUGGUUUAUUUACUAAUGCAUUCCAUAAUGUUAGUUAUGUGAACUUUUGUGUAAAGACUUUAAUGUAAAUUUCCCCUAGUCCUUUUAUUUAAUAAAUAAAUUUUGAUGAA